AUGGCAGCGUAUAUGAAAUGCAAUCCAUUUUCCGCGGGAUUUUUUGGCCCUACCAUGACAAACCUCAUCCAACCUUUUGAUCUCACAAAAGUUAGCAUCCGCAAAACCAAAGAGGGUGUAUCCAGUAGGCCCACCAUUGACUUUGGUUGGGCGGAGUCUAUGGGUAUUUCCGAGGGGCUAUCCCAGUUGAAACUAUCAGACUUACAGACGAAUUGUUCAACUGAGAACGAGUCUCAGUGUAUUCCUCGUAUCAAAUUCUUCCAAGGCAGGGCAGAUGUUGUAAAUACGCUUGCAGGUCCAUAUUGGUGCAACUGUCCUUGGCUGGGGGAGGGGAUAAGUAUUCCACGUUUUAGUGGUCUCGGCGCUAUCCCUUAUGUCUUGCAGUUCAAUGCAAAUUUAUUCCCAAUCACUCCGGAUGCCCCAGCUGCAACACCUGAGCCUCCGGUACACCCUGCGAUAUUCCCUGCAGCUUCUCUGAAUCCACCUUCAGCACCAAACACUGCUCUAAAUCCAGCUCCAACGCCGCAAUUCAAUAACCCUGCUUUACACAACCUUCCUCCAAACAACAAUCGUCCUCCGAAGAACUUUUCUCCAAAAGAUAAUCCCUCUGAAAACAGUAGUCCUUCUCCGGAAGACAACUCUCCUCCUGCUCCUGUGAAAAUUAACAACAAUCUUUUGGAGAAUAGCCCACUUCCAGACGAUAACCCCUCCACGCAUCCUGAUAGCAAACCAGCUUCAGAUAACACAGAGUCUGACAUCAAUCCUCACGCAAAUAUAGCUACACCAAGCGGACCAGUUCCUUUUGAGAACCCAAAAUCCGCAGGUGCCGGCUCCUCUACGAACAAUGGAGAACCAGCCAAAAAAUUAUCUUCAGACAUUCCGUCGCCAGAUCAAUCAAGUCCAUUCACCGUCGUAUAUCCUCCCCAGAACCCCCCACAGAACAAACCCACUGAAAUAUUUGAAACUACAAACAAUCAAUUCCCUGGAAGCAUUGAAAUUCCAGGCAACAGCAUUUCACCUGCAAACAAUAUCCCGAACAAUAUUCAACAAAGUGAUCCAAAUCAACCCAAUCACCCAGAUCAACCAAAACUACCCACGCCCAUCGCUGUGGCCACAUAUAAUGGUAACAAUGUGAUAUCCGCAAUCCCAGGGACCAGCAAUACACCACCAACAUUUCUCCUCCCUGGUGGUUCAACUCUUCAAUCGGACCAGGUACUCACAGUGCCCAAUAAUAACGCUGGCGGCAACCCGAUUAUAAUAUCUCUUUCGCUAGCAUUUUCCAAUGAGAAUGCACGCCCAAGCCCAAUCCCAAACCUCGUAAUCAGCACUUUGAACGCUCCCUCGGGAACCACGAUAACACCUUCAGCAUUAUUAAAGACGGACCCAAUCAUCACCCCCGUCCCCGAUGGAAAGGCUAUCAUUUAUAACUUAAAGACUUUAAUUAAAGGCGGGCCAGUAGUCACAUUGCCGAAUUUGAAUGCAGUUGCGAGUUAUGGGUCUGAUGGGGUUAUUAUACAAUAUCCUGGUGGAAGUGUCUCUACAAUCUCUAAUCUGGGACCGAUCCCUACAAAGGCUACGAAUGGACCAAUUUUCGGACAGAAGAAAGAUAUUACUCUCGAGGCGGGAAGUUUGGUUAAUAGUGCUGUUAGCAGUGGAAUCACCCCUACAAGUGUUAGGAUCCAGAGCAUGUCGAAGCCUCCAAAAUCCGAAUCGACAGUGGAAGGAAAGCAUGCGGAGGGAACCUUGGUCAGCAGUGUUGUGAGUGGUAUGAAUACUCCCACGAGUACCGGGAUACAAGGCGUAUCGAAGACUCCUGGUUCUGGACUGUUGCUGGGUGAGACACCUACUGCUGCUCCUACAAGCGAAGCGAAGGGCUCGGGACAAGGAAGUGGAAAAGGCAACGCUGCGUCUAGUAAAAGUGAUUGUACGAAGAGUGGGGUUAGAUUUUUCAGUUGGGGCAUGAUUUCUGUAAUUAUCUUCGCUUCGUUUUAUGAUCUCGGUGGGUGA